CACAAUCUUAAAUCUCAAAUGUCUUCAAUUUUCAAGCUUCUCUCACUCACUGUAUUCCUUGCACUCGUUUUCCAAGCUUAUGGGAUGUGCACUUUGAGUGACAUUAGCAUUAAGCAUUACGAAACACAUGACUUUGCACAUGGCAUGCCAGUGUGGAGAGUUAGCAUAACCAACAAUUGUGGCUGUCCUCAAUCACAAGUGAAGCUUAAUUGCACUGGAUUUCAAUCAUAUAUUGGAAUUGAUCAAGCACUCUUGGCUGUUUCUGAUACUGAGUGUCUUGUCAAACAAGGAGCACCUAUUCCUGCUGCUCAAUCUGUCUUUUUUCGCUAUGCGUGGCUUCCAAAGUUUAAAUUUGAACCUAUUUCUUCCAAAAUUGGAUGUACUUAAUUAGGAUUAGU